AUGUACUUUCCGGUGCGUUGGCCGAAGUACUUGGGCCUCAACGGUCCAGUACUUCAGAUUUCUGCGGACUAUCCUAGGACAUUGUUCGCAGUACUCCAGCCGGACAGCAUAUCCAUUUGGGUAGAGAAGAUGACUCUGCCCCUAUGGAGUCAUCGACGUUCCAUGGACUCACUAUCGAACCAUGGCUCAAACACGAGAGUUGUCUGGCGGCGGGACUCUUCAGGCCUAGCAAUCGUCACUUCAAAAGAUCACAUCCUCUUCUUCCAUCUGGAUUUAAACGAGUUUACCGAUCCAAUUUACGAGCAACGGGAUGUCACGGGAGCCUUCAAACGUGAGAGUUCGGAGCUUUACAUCAAGGAAAAAAUUUACCCAAUCACCUUAAGACUCGCCGGAGGAUGCUCUCUUGGAACUAGAAUUUCUGCCAUCCUGUCGUUCCGAGACGAGCUGCUCGUCGCUCAGAGUGAUGGAUUGAUACUUCGGAUAGCAUGGGACGGAAUGGUUCGGGAAGAUCUCACCAUAAAUCUCAAGGAAGUCAAGUUUGCCACCGAAGUCUACACUUGGCGGAGCAGCUUCACCAACGAGACCUACGAGGUGGUGGAUAUACAAUAUCUCCCGCUGAUCGGUUCUCUAUCGUUGGUGUUCGCGAAUGGGCGUGCCGGCGUUAUAAUGGCAACAACGAAUCAGUUUUCUCCGAGAGAAAUCCAAGGUGUUUGGAUCAUGGACGUCACCGAGGCAACUUGUACCGCUGUCAAUCACCGCUACAGACUCAUCGCGUACGGUCUCAGCAACUCGGAGGGGGUCGUUUAUUACCUCGACGAAGCCACCGUCACCUUUGUGUUGUCGCACAAAUUGACUCUGAGCGACAAAGACUUCCCAGAUGUCGCGAAAGUCGCCGGACCUGUCCGAUGUAUACAGUGGACGAUAGACAACACGGCCGUUGCCGUCGCGUGGGAGAAAUGCGGCCUGGCCGUUUGGUCUGUUUUCGGAUCGCUGAUCUUCUGCUCACUCAAUUGGGAAUCCCCCUACUGCAAGAUACAGAUCCGAGCGAUGGAGUGGGGCUUCCACGGCUACAACCUUUGGCUCGGCUCCGAUCGGGAAGACCUGUGCCUGCUGAGUUUUAUGAAAGCGGCGGCCACUAAUUACUCGGCGCCUCAGAGCGAUCAGCAGAAAAUCCUCCUUCAAGGAGCGUCCAGUGUACUUAUCAGCUCAAAGGACACCUUAUCGCGGAAACAAAACGAGCCAGGAUCCCCGUGGUCCGGCCCCUCGUUGGAAAACCAUGCCGCCAACAAACAUUGGAUCCACAUUGUCGUACCCAGUACAUAUUCAGCCCUGAACGGCCCAAUCUGCUACUCGUGUAUCGACAGCGAUGCGAAUAACCUCUGCAUCGCCGGACGGAGUGGCUUCUGUCUGUAUUCGUUACAAACGAAAAAGUGGAAGUUUUUCGGUAACGAAACCCAAGAGCAGGACUUCAACAUCAUCGGCGGUGUGCUCUGGUGGUCGGACUACGUCGUCUGCGGAUGCCUCAACCUCAAGGAUCCGGGAGAUGAGAUCCGCAUGUAUCCGAGGGACGAGCGCUUGGACAACUGUAACGCCGUCAUUUACAAAUGCGAGACUCAAGUGCUUCAUCUAUCGACAUGCGAAGAUAAACUCCUGGUGUUCCUGUCGAACUCGCACAUAAAUAUUUAUCUCAUGCAGCGUCGCACGACCCCCUCGUCGACGGGGAUCGAACUUGUUAAACUCGAGCAAAUCGACGUCUCCAGUCUGCUGCCGCACUGUCUCUGCGUCAUAUCUGCGACGUUGACGAAUCUAUCUGUGACUCCUAUACCGGCCUAUAUUCAGAAGCGGCCGGAAUCCAUAUUGCUCAACGUAUGCGGACGUCUCUACCUACUUCAACAGGAUGUUUUCGCAGCGACCCGGAGGAGGCCGUCGUUGGCUGGCCCAUCCCCGAAACUCGGCGAAUGCGCCUACGGCAAUCCGAUAGUUUUAGCCACGGGAGUAGAGAACAUGUGGAUAUCGUGCAAUCCCAAUCCGAAGAUGCCUCAUCUGACCGAAGCGCUGUACAUCGCAUGCGGGGCCGCCGGAAUGCAUAUCUGGCUGCCACUCUUGCAAACCACCGAUGAGGAGCACAGCUUCAUGUCGAAACGCAUCAUGUUGGAGAUCAAGGUCAACAUCUACCCGCUGGCGAUUCUCUUCAACGAGGCCAUCGUUCUCGGAGCCGAAAGCGACGUAUCGAUCAACAGUUUAUUCCCAAGUUUUCCUCAUUGUGUCGUGUCCAAAUCAAGUCAGGUGUAUCUGCAUCCGAUCAUCAAUAACCUCUUGACUCGGAAUCUCGGGAGCCACGCUUGGCAGAUCGCGAAAAGCUGCAGCCACCUGCCCUACUUCAAUCACUCGCUCGAACUCCUUCUUCACGAGGUUCUGGAAGAAGAAGCCAACUCAUCGUUACCCAUCCACGACGCACUGUUGCCACGUGUUAUCGACUUCAUUCGGGAGUUCCCCGUCUUCCUCACAACCGUUGUUCAAUGUGCCCGGAAAACCGAGUUGGCACUGUGGCCGUAUCUGUUCUCAGCUGUUGGAAAUCCUAAAGAUCUGUUCAAAGAGUGCAUCCUACAGGGUCAACUUGAAACAGCCACCUCGUAUCUGUUAGUGCUGCAGAAUCUCGAAGUGGCGCUCGUGUCUCGACAGCAGGCUACCAUUCUCUUGGGUUCGGCUCUAGAUGCCGGCAAAUGGCAGCUUGCCAAGGACAUCAUCCGGUUCCUGAGAGCAAUCGAUCCGUCCGAUGUGGAAUCUCCACCGAGAGCGUCCCUCACACCGUCGAUGGCUCCAUGCGCCGGAGCCAAGGGCGGCCAAGUUUCGAUGGUCAAGCCUCACGAUGACAUUACGCUCAUGAUGACAAGCAUGAGGGGCCAGUCGCAGAAUACGCGACAGAGACUCUCGUCGAAAAGCGAAAGUUCCUCGGAACCGAAAACCCCCGCUCAACCUAAGCUCAGCACAAGUUCGUCGAGAGACGACUCUGAAAUCAUGGACGAAGCAUUUAUCGACGUGAUAUUAUCGAGAUACGCGAAGAAGUUGCUACAAGCCGGUCAACUUCGCAAAUUGGGAUUCUUCGUUGCUUAUCUGGAUUUCCCCAUGGGAGCGUUUCUUGCUAAAGAGAAGAACAAGGCCGGCAAAAUAUCGGAUUACCCCUCAGCUCUGAAGAACUUACAUAGGGACUUCGAAUUCCCUUUCCCACCCUACGUUCCUGGAAGUGAUUCGAGUACCGCUUCUAGCGAAUCGCCCACAAAUAGCUCGAACGGAUCGAACGGAAUGGCUUCGAUAUUCGGUCACAGCGUCCCCCGGAGUUCUAGCAUGGCGUCCGACUCGGGCUUCACCUCGAUUGACGCGCCAUUGCAACCGCCAUCGUUGAACACUGAAGCCGAUUCUCGGGACGGGACGCACGUCGUAAUUCGCAAUGCUGAAUGCAGCUCGUUGAAUGUUUCGGAUGCCGGAAGCUGGCAGAUGAAUCAAACGGAGAGCUUGAGCCACCAUGCGACUCCGGGAGACGGGAGUCCCAAUACAGACACCAGGAAAUUCGGUCCCACCGGCCCCUGGAACGAGAAAGAGAAGGAACGAAUACUAAAACAGAUUUCUCAACUGAGCGAUUUGUUCACGGCGUACGAAUGCUACGACUGGGCGCUGGUCUGUGCCGUUAUUCUGACCCAAGCGUCCCUCGUGGUGAAGUUUGCCCUCCGCUCAAGUGUACAUAGGCAGGCAGUACAAACUUUCGACCUUUGGGCGCACAAGGAGUGUGCCGGCUACCGUCCAUUCUUUCAAAGCGUAUUUGCUCAGAUAAAUCGCAGUCUGAAAUUGAGUCUCCAAGCUCCGUCACUCCUCAAAAGCCCAGGGAAUCAGAAUGAUGAAGCUUUCCUGAUCAACUCCGUGCCUGGAUCGAAGCCUGGCUCGCCCGUCGGUCAACGACCGCCGAGUGCAGAUUCGGACGGGAGUGAAAUUCUCGCCAAAGAAGACAAUAUUGAUAUCAAUCGGUGUAAGCUGCAACCGCUGGAUCAUGAGGAAGAGGUCCGGCUCGAGGCAACGGGUCUCACGCAUUCCAUGUCACACCCAGACUUGAAACCGCUAAGAAUUUCCAGUGAUGGUGAGCUGCAGGCUUCGAGGACGAGAUCUGUGGAGAAUUUCCGGCAGGGGAGCGACGAGGAUGAGGAGAGUAACUGCGUCUUACAAUAA